AUGGCGGAUGAUCCUAUCGAUGACAGGAUAUUAGACCUAUUAAUCCAAAUUAGGUGGUCUCCAGAAGGUCACCUCACUGGAAUCCCAAUUCGAUUCGAUGACAGAGACAUAUGGAGGGAGAUGGCAAGAAUAUUAAAUCAAGAGCCGGACAUUACGAUCGAGGAUUAUCAGGUCUAUGGCAGAGCCAAAUCCCUGAGGACACGGUUUAGAUGCAGGGGACUUAUUUUAAACGACAAGAUCAAUGAUGCAUUUGGUGCCUGCCAGGCCUGUGGGAAUGUUGUGCAAUUUCCCCGCCUAUACCCCUCAGGUCAGAGGGCUGCAUCCAAUUCUCAUUCAUCGGUGUCCAACUCUCAGCCCUUUGCGGUCAAUGAAUUGGAUGCGGCAAGAAUAGCUGCGACAAGAAUAAAAGACCUCAUAUUAAGAGGUGAGGUUACAUUUCCAGAGGGCAUGAGGGCUUGCACAUGGCUAGAGACGCACCACCUUGGAGCUCUUGCAUUUGUGGACUUGCCGCACGAUGAUCUCAUCACUAUGGUAAAGGAUCAAUCUUACCUUUGA